UGGCCUCACCUUUGGCGUGGGACCCCUAACCUGGAAGCAGACGGCGCGGAGCAGCGCAGCGGACCGCACGGCAGCCUCGGGAAUUAGUUGUGUGACCGCCUGCGCUGCAGGACACGCAGGGGUCGUGGCAAAGUCUGGGCGGAGGUACGAGGGGCGUGCCGAAUGCUGAGGACCGGAGCAGAACGGAGCACUUCUUUACCUUAACAUAGGAAAAGUGUUUCCCUUGUGCUCCGGUAACUUAAAUCAGCUGCAGGUUUUUCUUGUGACCUGAAGGUGCAGCGGCACGGCGGUACCCACGCGAGCAGCGCGAGGCUUCUCGGCCCAGCACUGCGACUGCAUGCUGUUGGGUGAAUGAUGGAGCAAGUAAAAACCCCAGUGGCAUUUAGUCGCCUCUUCCCGAAGCGCUGCUCGCCAGCUCAUUGUUUUAUGGCAUGAUACAUCGUUCUGAUCUAAAAACUCCGCGCAGCGACACGAGGAGAUUCAGUUCUAGAGGUGCCUGCGAGCAGUUACCGCUUACCUCAGAAUAGUCGAACGAGAUUCCAGGGACCACUCCUCUGUUCAGGUUGGUUAAGAUGGCAGACCAGAGGCAACGUUCGCUGUCUACCUCUGGAGAAUCGUUAUACCAUGUGCUAGGACUGGACAAGAAUGCUACUUCUGAUGAUAUUAAAAAGUCAUACAGGAAACUUGCAUUGAAAUAUCAUCCUGAUAAAAACCCUGAUAAUCCAGAGGCAGCAGAAAAGUUUAAAGAGAUCAAUAAUGCUCAUGCGAUAUUGACCGAUGCGACAAAGCGAAACAUUUAUGAUAAGUAUGGUUCUCUGGGUCUGUAUGUAGCAGAGCAGUUUGGUGAAGAAAAUGUGAACACGUAUUUCGUCCUAUCCAGCUGGUGGGCAAAGGCCUUGUUUGUGUUCUGUGGGCUCAUCACAGGCUGCUAUUGCUGUUGCUGUCUGUGCUGCUGCUGUAAUUGCUGCUGUGGGAAGUGUAAACCUAAACCUCCUGAAGGCGAAGAACAGGAAUACUACGUCUCUCCAGAGGACUUGGAGGCACAGUUGCAGUCAGAUGAAAGGGAGGCCUCAGACGCACCUAUUGUGAUACAGCCAGCAUCAGCCACAGAGACGACCCAGCUCACAGCUGACUCUCACCCCAGCUACCACACUGAUGGAUUUAAUUAAGUUAAGGAAACACUGUAAUUAGAAUGGAUAAAAAAUUACAUGGCCAACUCAACACUAGAAUCAUGAACAUUAGAAGUAGAGAAUGGGGAGGGGGAAAAAAUUCUGCCAGAGUAAGAAGGCAGCUUUCCAACCUGCCGAGAAUAUUUUGUAAUCCCUUCAGCCUUUUGUCACCUUUCAGUGUCGUAUCUUGAUGAUACGUGAAGUGCUGUAGCAUGCAGUAUUUAAAGCAGUUUAGCUACGGUUUUAUGUUUUCUUUCUUUUUUUUUUUUAUAGCAUGUAUGGAGUUAUGUUAAAUGUCUGUGGUGUAAUGUAUUGAGUUGUCACAAUAUGUGUGAGGGAGACAUUCUGCAUUUUAAGCAGUAGUACUGGCCUAAAAAUGAGAUUUAAAAAGAAAAAAGCUUCAUAAAGCCACCACUUUUUCAUACAGCCAAGCUGUCGAAGACCUUUAAAAGUUCAUGAAUUUCAUUUGGGUGCAGCAAGCCAAUUCUCUUAUUCCUCCUAUUCCUGCAUUGUUGUCUAAGCAAGUUUACAAAGCCAAGAGCCAAAAAAAUGCCAGUCCUGCAGAGCUGGAAUUCUCUUUAAUGCUGGUUUUCAGCUUAAAUAAAUCUACCUUGAAAAAUAAAAAGGGAGAGUUUCCAAUCUUUGAACAGUUAAAUUGAUGAACACCUCUUUAUGUGUAAGGGUUAUCCUCAGUGUCAAUGUAAUCACAAGCUGUAGUUUGUCACAAAUCCAACUGUGAAUGGGUUUCUUUGGUGGUGGCGGUGGGAUUUUAACUGCAAGCACAAUUCUGCUUUGGUUUGACUUUUCCUGAAAUGCUAAAGACCAAAUAGUGCAGCUUUUCUGAAUGCAUGAGAAUCUUACAGUGAAACUGGUUCAUUGGUUUGCACUGAGCAAGUGGAUAAAAUACAGACAGCAGGCAACAGCGUAAAUGUUAAAAAUAAUAAUAAUUGGCUUUUAAAUUUUUCUCUAAUAUUCUGAGAUACUAAUAGACAAGUGGGGUAUUACGUGUUUUUAAAACUUUUUAUAAUCCAUUAGCCCUUUAAUUUUCUCAUGAGCAUCUUUGUGGAGUACUUAAAUGGCUUUUUAAGAACAAAACACCUUACUUUAUAUUUAUAUUGUAUAAUUUGCACAUUGUCUUGCGUUUAGACUUGUUUACACCAGUUUUUCUUUUCCUCAGAACAACUGUGGGGAAACCAUUGAAAGGUUUCCUGUGCUGUUUUGAAGCCAAUUAUGUUUGAAUACUUCUCUUGAAACUGUGGUCGAUUGAGAUUUGUUUAACUGUUAAAGAGGCAUUUUAGUCCGCUGCUGAAUCGCUGGUGUAUUUUGUUGUUAAUCCUCUUGGUUUAGGUGAUACGGAGCCGGGAUCUAGAGCAGCUACCAGUAAGCCUACGUGUGGCGCUUCUAGCAGUUAAUUACAGCCUCGUUAAUUCUGCUCUUCAUGGUUUUAUAUCACAAUGCCUCUACUGUCCUUUGUACCCCCCGUCUUCCCCUUUUCAUUUUUCACCUAUUUCUGUCCCGAGGCUAUUUACAGCCUUCCGUCCGGUGUGUGCUUUGGAGGUCUCUCGCGCUGCUCUUUUACAAGGUCCAGGCGUUGCGAACGGGGUUUAAAAGAAAAAAAAGCACUGUCAGGCUGUGGGAACUGCCAGCGAAUGAAGGGUACCCUCCUGCCAGGGAAUCUUUCUGAAUUUAUUUUCACUCCAUCUGUGCGCGAGCUGAAAAUGAUAGAGCACAUAAAAUCUGACGUGAAACCACGUUAAACGUAGCGGGUAGAAGAAAAUGUUAUCAACACAGUCUAAAUACCGAGGGAGGAACGCGUGCAAAAUGGGAUUUUACUGUCGCUCUUGGUACAAACACAUGUUUAUUGCUCGCAUGUGAGCCUGUUGCAAGUAAGCAUGCUUUUGUUACCACGUCAGGUUCCAAAAAUUAAAAAAAACUCUGACUAGAUGUAAGGAGCACGUUUGUUAAGUAACUUCUGCCUUGUAGAUAGCCCUUCAGACCUGAAAUGUUGUGGGUUAGUGAAAGAACCUUCUGAUUUAUGUCAGGAAAAACUUUCUUGGGUGGGCUCGAGGACCGUUGUGUGUGAUUUGGCUCAAGGUCUUCGAUUAAUUAAGUCUUUGUUUGACCCCUUGGAAAGAAAAGCAAUUUUAAAGCUUAAAAUGACAUCACGUUGGCUGUCCUUGUAGGUUUUGCCUGAUGCUGGUUCUUGAUGUUGAAUUGCACCCUGGAUUAUGCUUGAAUUUCUCUACAGGCUCCCUUCCCUGAGAACUUGCUGGUUAGAAUGGCCCCUGUACUCCAUGCAGAUCGGUCGAUGUUGUCAGCUUAAACAAACAAAACCGCCCUUGGGGAUUUUUUGGCUUUUUAAAUGAGCGUAGUUGAUACGAUUGACUGGGUAGAGCGAGAUAAAGGCUGUUUCCCCGUGCGCUGUGCGUGUCUCACUCCCAUCUCCACGCGUUCGUCGGGACGUGUAGCAAAAAGCUUUGACUGCGGUUCUGUUCCUUAACCCCCAGGCAUCUCUGUUGACCCCAAAAAAAAGCUGUCAGGAGGCAGCGAGUGGCCGGGAGAGCGAGCGAGCGCGCCGGGGCUGGCGUCGUGCGAGGAGGCAGCGGCAGCGCGGGGAAGCCCUGCGGGCGAGGUGACAGCAGGUCUGAGGUGCGGAGCAAAGGGAGGAUAGAGGCGAUGCCUUCAUCUGUGUUCUGCGCUGCUUGGAAGAGAUGACAUCCAGGGGAACCGCCUGGUUUGGUUCCUCUUUCAGCGAGGCGUGAGCCGGAGAGGUGCUGCUUUGCUUUCCUUUCAGCUCUUCCUGUGGGUGGUGUGUGAGGAGUGAAUUAGUCCGUGUGCGGUUAGAUGCCAGUAGGAGAUGCUAGAUGCUCCGAGGGGAACUACGCUGAGAUCCCAGUCACAGGGAAUGAGGAGAAAAAGCCUUUUUAGGUGAAUAUUCGUAUUUUUUGAAACGGUCUUAGUUUGCCCGUGUUCCUCUGUAAUCUCUGAAUUUAAGAUUAUUGUAUGUUAAUGUCUUUCUUCCUGAACUAUACAAGAAAGUUAUUUAAACGUUGCUGCUUUAAAAGCUAAAAUAGUGUAACCAGAAGAUAUGUAGGGCAACGCCCGCUUUUUUUCUGUUGUAAGGUACAAGAGCAUCCCGAUGUCGAACAGGAGUUGCACUUCAAAAUGGCCAAAUUUAAUCCUAGUAAAUGCAAAGUUGUGUUGCAAAUAGUAGUUAACAAAUGUGGCUGGCACAAUUCUGAGCUUAAGUCGCUGGAGCUGCGUUGUCCCUGCCAGAGCUGAAGCAGCAGCUUCGCGGGCACUGGAGCCUGUCCCCGGCUUGCAUGCAGAAUGUUUCCUUCCAGAACUGAGCCUGAGCGCUGUUCUCUCUGUUCGGCCUCCUGCCAGAACGAAAACUUGAGCUUGGAUUUUUAUUUUUUUUUUUGGUUUUUAAAAGUUGCAUCGCGGUCUUUUGUUUUACGAGUUGCCUGAGACCUCUGUUCCAGGAGCGCGGCCACCUCCGCCCGGCUCCUGGGUCCCCGCUCAGCGGCCGAUUUCUGAGCGCUUUUGUGGCUCCUCCUCGCGGGGAGGAGCGCGUCCAGAGCCCGACUCCGCGGGUGUCGAGGGCCGGCUGCUGGCUUCGCUCCGAGUUUCGUUGUGCAGAGCGCCCUUCGUAGCUUCGGGUAAGUGAGGGCAGCCCUGGGCGCGUCGCAGCGGCCGGGGGCUGUCGGCGGUGCGGGGCUCGCGGUGCCCAACUCCCUACGCUCCCUGCGGAUGAUGGGGUACGAGGGCUGUACCCUCACUCCAAGCCGAUGAAGGGGCAUUGCACCGGUGAAACGUGUAUGGCUUUGGUGAUGUAUGUAGGAAGUUCUUAAAUAUUUAUCUGUAUAUAACUUCGGUUUUGUAAACCCCCGUGGUGUCCGAUAUGGUGUACAUUUCUGCCGAUCCCACGCGGUGAUGUUUUAGAGCCAUGUUACCUUUUCAGUCUUUUAUUUUUAGAUCUGUAAUAUUUUAAAACUGCUUUAGAUAUUAGCGCUCCUAGUGGUAUUACAACGUGAUGCUCUUGGAAGUCGGGCUGCGCGCAGCCUGCGGUCUGACCGGAGGCACCCGCGCAGGAAGGCGGCGUUGGCACCCAGCUGAGGAACGCCGGGGCUCGCGGCGGUGCCGUGGGAGGGGGGAGUGCGGUUUUAAAACCCCCUCGUCUCAGAGCCUACAAACACUACAGGUAUAACCCGGGCAGGAACCCAAUAGGAAAUACGUUCCUGCCCCGUUUAUUAAGGCAGUUACGUUGCGUGGUGUAGAGGGACCCUGGUGUGCUUUUUUUUUCUGUGCGGGGGGCACACCUCAGAGCAUCUGUAACGUGUGCGCUCCAGAGGAGUACCCCGUUCUCUCGAGUAGUUUGUGCCCUUCGUCUGUCUGGUGCCCCUCAGUGUUCUUGACGUUUCCAGGCAGUUUAGGAAACGUCUUUGUGCUGCAGUUUUCCCUACCCAAUGCAACUGGAUAUUGGCAUAACGUUUAACAGGAGAUUCUCGCAAGGUAGUCAGGGAGGCUACUGCCACUUGGCGGCCCCUGCCUCCUGUUAGUAAUUCUGGAUGCUGUUUAAAUAUGCAUUAAUCUUAGAGCACUGAAUCAUAACCCCCCAACGCAAGUGUUUAUAGUGUAAGGUUGGUAUAAACUUAACUUGCUUAAUCAUUUGAUGCUGCUUCUCUGUGUUAUUGUGGAAAUCAUCUAGUUUGUAGCGUACCAUUGCACCAACAACUGCUUAAAAUAUCUUGAAAGUCUGACUGAUAGCUAACUCAGUGGCAGGAAAUUUGUCAGUGUUCAAGUCCUGCAAGAACUCUGGUCUGCUCCACGUCCUGCGUUGGGAGGUUUAAGCGCUGUCCGGGACUCUGCAAGACGGAAAUCCCUGUUUCAGUCCGAGAGGCUGCUUUCUGUACACGAAGAAACUGCAUGAGGGAAGCUGUCGGUCUCUUUCUGUCUGCACAAGCCAAAUGCCGUAAAUCUGGAAGACAAACCUUCGUUUGGAAAUCAGACGCCAAUGUUACGUGCACAGCUCAUUUUGUUGUUCAAAGGAUAGAUGCUGGGAAGUUCUGGUGGCUAUAUAUAUAUAUAUGUAUGUAUGUGUACAGAGGAAGCGCGUAUAUAAAACGGCCAUUCAUUCUCGAGUGCUGUUGUCUUCUCUGCUCCCUUUCCCCCACGGCCAGCACUGUGGGUGUAUUCCCGUGGUCGUGCUCUGUGUGCCGUGAUGGCUUCCACCAAGUGUGCGAUCUGCUUCAGUUCCCCCAGUGCCGCUUGGCCUCGGCCCGGUCGGCUGGCGCUGGGCUUUGCUGCUCCGGCCUUUCUUUAGGGAACAAAACGAAACCCAGCAGCCGCAAGGAGGGCAAGGGAAUAGGUUUGGCUUGCGUGGGCUGGUACGUGGGGAUGGUUUAAGCGUGGUCAACACGCUCAUCUCUGGAGGUAAACAGAACACAGUGUUGGUUUUUCCCCUAUGCUGGUUUUCACCGCGGUGUACUCUACAAAGUGGAUCUCUGAGCUCACCAAGCGAGGUCCAAACCCGCGCUGUAGGUUUUGGAUUGCAGCACCGUGUGUGUGUAUGUAUAUAUGCACAUAUGUAUAUAUUUAUACAACAGCUGUGCACCUCGUACUUGCCGCUGUUUUUUCUUUGGUGGUAGAACGUGAAAUUUGGCUCAAAGUGCUUCUGUGAACUCUCAGACAAGUGGACGGUGCGAGUUUUGUGGGGCCAGAAUUGUGCUUUCUGCUUGCAGCUGCAGGAAAAACAACAACUGUUGGCUUGAGUGACUGGUGAACCAGUGGAAGGAUCCUGUUGUAUAAAUAAAUAGGUGGCGUACGAAGCAGAGAGCUGUGCUGCUCGGAAAGGGGAAAACAAUCUUUCCUCCCGAAGUCUUCCCUCCUUGCUAGAGUGAAUUUAAACUUGAGCAGUGUUUUCGCACAGCCUGCUCCCGCUGUUCAAUUUGCAGUGCUCACGGGUUGGACCCGUAAGACUGGGAGCUAUUGCGAGUCACAAAAGUAAGGUUAGACGGCCGUCUGUGUAAAGACACGCGGCUUGUGGCCAGCGUUCGUGGGAGCACCACCGAGUUACUGCUGGUCGUGCUGGGUAGAGAGCGCAGCUGCGCCUGCGCUUCCAGAAGCUGAUGCAGAACGCGGGGGUUUCCCACUGCGCAGCGGUCAGCAGAGACGGGGGGAUUCCUCCUGUCGCGUCCACGUUUGUCGUUCUGUCCGUGUCCGACACGGUGGAUGAACUCUGACUCUUGCCAAGUCCCAAACCCUCGCUGUUUCCUCGUUUGGGCGCGUGCCACGUAAGCCAGUUGCUGUCAUUCCUCCCUCUGCUCGUCCCCACCUUCUCCCACUUUUUUGGGCUGGGCGUGGGUUGUUUGGUUUGCGUUAUCACUGACAUCCAAGGCAGUUUAUAUUAAUUUUGCGUGUGAGCAGGGCCCUGAGCUAAGUAAUUCAUCAUGGGGUUUUGUUGUACUGGCCUCUUUCUGAAGCCUGAGGGAGCUGAGGACGGAAGGAGGGAAUGCGUUCUGCAUUUGCACUGUACUUCAACUCGGGCGGGGCGGGGGGAGCCCGUCUUUAAAAACAAAAAAAGUUGUAAAAAAAAAAAAAAAAGAAAAAACCACAAUCGAAGUAUGAAUGCAUCUGAGAAGCGAUUAUAAUAUAGACAUAUAUAUAUUUUGUUAUGUUACUAAAGGACCAUACUUUGAAUUGUAUGUAAGUAGAUGUGGCUGUCCGAACCUUGUGGAUUGUAACACUCGAUACUACUGAGCUCCUGUACAUACCCGCAGUUACAGCAGAAGGAAUUCUUUUAUGUUCUAGCAUGGUAAUUCGUGUAUCGUACGUCUGAAUAUAAACUAAAAUAAAGAUUGCUAAGUUAUCUGAAACCACUGUUGUAAAAUAAAUGUUUUCAAUGCA